CCCCAGCCCAGGCCCGCACGGGGGGCUCCGACCAGCGUCAGCCUCCGGGAUCGUCUGCUCCUCACCCAGCCCGUCUGGCUGCAGCUGAGCCUCAACUCCGCCACUGCCCUGCACAUCCUGCAGCGGGAGCCGCCCGGGACGUUCCUGGUGCGCCGAUCAAACACACGCCAACGCCGGGCCCUCUGCUUGCGCCUCCUAGAUGACCUGGCACCGGCCUUUGUCGCCAGCUACAGCCUGCAGGAAGGACCAGCCGGAGUCUCCCUGGAGGGCUCAUCCCGGAGCUUCCCAGACCUGCUGCAUCUGGUGGCCUCCUACUGCCAGAGACGGGAGGUUCUCCCUGUGGCCCUGCGCCUGCCCCAGCCCAUCCAGCAGGCGGUGUCACACAAGGAACUGGAGUCCAUUUCCCACCUGGGGCUUGAGUUCUGGAGCUCUUCUCUCAAUGCCAAGGACUCCCCGGAAUUGCCUGAGCCCCCAUUCAGUGAGGACGCUGCCGCCGGCCAGCUGGGCACGAUCCCCACGCGGAGCCCAAGGGAGCUGGACUGUGGCCUGGGCAACGGGGCACUGGGCUUCCUGGCCCCUCUGUUCCAGGGCAAGGACGGUGGCUCGCGGCGGGAUGACUUCAAGCGCAGCAUUAAAGUGCGAGUGUCCACUGAGACCUCCAGCCCCCUCUCACCGCCCCCCAAGCCACCGCCUCCCAUCCCUGCUAACCAGGCAGGGACGCCCCCCACUCCACGCCGGGAACCGGGCCAGUGCUCACCACUCUGCACAUCGGGAUAUCGGGUGCCCCAGCGGGCUGGGGAGCCCAGGCACAGCCUCCCAUCCCUGCAGGAACUGGACAGCGGGUCCCCCAGUGGCUCAGAGAGCGAGGGAGGUGGGGGUCCGCGGGCCCCCUCGCCUCCUGCCCAGCCUCCUCCCCGUGCCCCCCUGCGCUCCAUGAGUGACGCUGUCUUGGCCGUGAUGGCCCCUGAGAAGCAGCUGGCACGGGCCGUGGAGGGGCUGGCGCGGGACCGGAGCACCAGGCUGGGAGCCAGCAUCCAGGAUUUCCUGACCCUAGUGAGGGGUGGCAAAGGGGAGCGAUCCAGCCAUGAGCUCCUGAGCCCCGUCCGAGCCUUCCUCACUCGCACCAAGACCCAGAUGCUGCAGAGCCCAGCCCUGGAGCUGCCCAGCCCCACGCUACUGCCUGACCACAGACUGGAUGCUGUGCUGGAGCGAGCCCUACAUCGUUGUGUGCUGAAACCCCUAAAGCCAGUGCUGGCAUCACGGCUGCGUGGCCUACACGUGGCAGACGGGUCUCUGGGCCAGCUCCGGGAGAACCUGCGGCUGGUGAGGGAGCGGGGCCCUGGCGCCUUCCCAGCACGGGCGACGUUGCCUGGCCCCCCUGACACCCAGCGGGCCCGACACAAACUGCUGCGGCUGCUGCGCGCCUAUUCGCCCUGCACCCAGGUGACACUGCUGCUGCAGGCCUGCAAAGGCGUCUACCGAGCCAUGGGGGCAGCCCCGGAUGGGAGCUAUGGGGCAGACGAGUUCCUGCCAGUUCUGAGCUUCAUCCUGGCUCAGUGCGACCUUCCCCAGCUGCUCAUGGAGGCUGAAUACAUGAUGGAGCUGAUGGAGCCCAGCCAGCUCCUGGGGGAAGGUGGCUAUUACCUGACCACUCUCCAGGCCAGCUUGGCCCUGCUGGGGAGUUUCCAUGAAGAGAAGUCGAGGCAGCUGCGCCCUGAUGUCCAGAGAGUCCUGAGCUGGCGGCACCAGCACCCCACAGGACAGCUCCCUGGAGACCCGUGCUGGGAUCCACGGCCUGAGAAGAUCCAGGCCCCCUGCAGUGGGCACCACUCCAUCAUGCCUGCCCUGGGACACCAGGAGAUGGCAGAGCAGCCAGGAGAGCACCCCUCAGACAGCAGUCUCCCUCUGUACUCCGAGGGACAGGAGCGCCCGGCUCAGCACCACCAUCCUGGGGAGAUGGGGCCUGGGCCAGGACCCCCACGCAGGCUGCUCCGCAAAGGAGCUGUUGACCUGGAAGAACCCCUCGGAUCCAGGAUACCGGGUUCUGUCCCAUCUCAAGGAGAGGAUCAGGGUCUAAUAGGUUAGAGCAGGGGGGUAGGGAGUGAGGACUGCUGGGUUCUAGUCCCAGCUCUGUUGCGACUGGCUUUAAGACCAUUUCCCCUAAUUGUGCCUCAGUUUCCCCCUUUGUAAAACAGGGCGAAUAAGCCCCACAGCAGCAUUUGGGAGCAUCUGUCCUAAGUAGCCCCUCCCUGUUCUACUCUCUGGGGUGGAUGAUGCUGAGAGAGCCUUUAUCCCCUCUCCGGGGAGGGGGGAAAGGCAGGAAGUUUCUCUGCUUGUAACAACCACUCCUGACUUAAGAGUUAAAUGCCAAAAGAGAGACUUUCCCUAGUGACACAGAGGAUCAAUGUAUAUACACCAGGAGGAUUUGCUGGCACAAAAACCUCUUCUGCUGAUGUUAUUUUUGUAGGACCUACUUUGUUAUAUAUUUGGGAGAGGUUCAUUUUUAUUUCUUGUUCUCCCAAAAGUGACACGGCCCAAUUAAUUUGAAGUCUCAGUUUAUGGUUUGUUCAUAUAUUAGAAGAAAAAGUUCCAUAACAAAAUGCUCUUUCAUAGAUAUUAUUGUAGGGCCUGCUUUAUUUGCUAUUUGGGAAAAAAUCAAAGAGCAGCAUUCUUUGUUUUUAACUUAAGUCUGGCUUUUUAUUUUUUUCUGAAGCUCUAAAUAGAUGUUUCGAUAAAUACAAUGCUCCAGAACGCAAGUCUCCUCUGUUGAUAUUAUUGUAGGGUUUACUUUAUUGGCUGAACAAAGUGCGGUCUGUUUGCCUGUCUCCAACUGUAACAAGCUAACUUUUGAAUGCUGGGUGUGAUCAAUUCCAGGAUUUUCAGGAACACUGUAGGCUGCAUGGAUAGUUUUAGGUGAAAAUUGGAGAAACCAAAAGGGGAAAAAUGGGAGGCCACUGGCAUCUGAUUAGCUUUAAGCCCUUUGCUGCUGGCAAUGAUU